CAAACAGUUCAGUCCGUCGCUUAGCCAUAGCAUAGCAUCAGUUGUUUGUAUACACGGCAGCGCAUCCUGUUGGUGCUUUGUGUUUGAUUCUCCAUUUUUAGUUAAUUUUUGUGCGAUGGCAUCGAUCAAAACUGAAAAGGAAGAUCCGCUGAAGCGACGGAUGGUUCCGCGAGGACUCCAGAAGUUGAUCGAGCAGUGUUUGAAAAUCUACCCCGAUCAGACAAACCCGCUGCAGGUGACCACCGUGCUGAAGUAUUGGUUGGGAGGUCAGGACCCCUUGGACUACAUCAGCAUGUACAACAAUCCGGGCAAUCCGGACGAGAACAUUCCCCCACAUUGGCACUACAUCAGUUUCGGACUUUCGGAUCUGCACGGCGAUGGACGGGUUCAUCUUCCCGACACUGUCGGUGGUUUGGAACCUCGUUCGGGAAUGGGUUUUGAGCUCACGUUUCGGUUGGUGAAAUCACCCGAUGAGGAAAGACCGCCAACGUGGCCGGCGAAUCUGCUGCAGUCGCUGGCCAAGUACGUCUUCCAGUCGGGAAAUCGCCUCUGCUCCGGAGACAACAUUCCGUGGCGUAGAUCGUUGGACGGAAAGACUUCCAGCAUCCAGCACAUGUUGAUCGCCGAAGAUCCGCAGAUGUCUCGCACGGAGACGCCGUUCGGAUGGGUUGACUUUCUACAAAUCGCCGGUGUGACCAACGAAGAGCUGGAGCAGGCGUCACGCUGGAACGGCAAAGGAAUUCUGAACCUGCUGCAAAAAGACCCAACUACCGGAGGAUCGUGGCUGAUCACCAACAUGGCUCGUUCGAAGAGCGUUUUCGAGCUGUUUCCCAAAACUCUACGCCAGCUGGAGAUCGACUUGGAGAAGGAAGGAUCUGACCUAGCUGGUGUGAACGCGGAUUUCACCUUCAAAGAACUUCCCAAAAUUACAAUCAAAAAGGAGAUUGUCGAUCCGGAGGAAGAAAUUACCAAAUGUAUUUCCUCGUGCAACAUCGAGAUAAAGAAGGAGUUCAACGAUGGCCUCGAGCACUCCGGAUCGUCCGACAUGGUGAACCCGUUCAACCACUCGCAGGUUCCAUCCCGGGUGUCCCCGCUGAACGGAAUCGAACUGACGCUCGCACCCUACGCGGCCAAGUUCCUGGUGUUGGCAAUCAAGGACAGAAUUCGCCACGGUCGCCACUUCACCUUCAAGGCGCAAAACAUGGCCGUGACGUUCGUGUCCGAGUCCGUCACCGGGUCUAUCGUUACGAAGGAUUCGCCGUACGGUGUGCUCGGUUAUUGGGUUCAAAUUCUCAUCCCGAACGCGCUGAUUCCCAAAAUGAUUGACACGUUUAGCGACCUGAACAGUAGCGUUGAUAACUUGAAGAUCCCGCUAACGUACGAAUGGCCUGAGCACAACCUCAAGUUUAUCAUCGACAAUCCUCCGCCGGAACUGCUCAACCAGCAGGGGCCGAUUUUGGCUUAGUGGUGGUAAAGUAAGUUGGACGGAGGGAUGUAGACAAUUUCAUUUUUCAUACUAACGAUUUGAAAAAAAAAAAAAUAAUAAUACUCUAAACUUUAUGUAUUAAGACUCAAAUUCCAUUUACAGAUGAUGUGCCUUUCGAAUUAGAUAUCAUAGAA